AUAUCACCAGGUAUCACCUACUAUGUUUAAGGGAUUGUCAUGCAGAAAAAGGCAUGUUUUCGUUACUGCUUGCAGCCCUUUGAUGAUGAUUAUCGUAGCCAUCAUGGGUGCCUUCAUCCUUGCAGAAAAAAUAUAUCUUGGAGGGGUCAUUGGAGCUAUUCUAAUAGUAAUGGGACUCUACUCGGUUCUAUGGGGAAAGCACAAGGAGAACAAAGAGAAAGAGGCAGAGAUAACCAUUGAGUUAUUGAAGUGUUGUUCAGAAAAUGGGAUGACGUUGGAGACUGUGGUAGAAGAUGCUGAAACAAACAACGACAUUGACAUGCAAAAGGGUGAAGCCUCAAGAGAGUUAAGGGUAGCCAUUGUUGUUCCAAAAGUUUAAAGUGGUUAAGAUUAGAAAGGAAAAGGAUGAAUAAUAAUAGAGGCUGCAAUGAAAAAAGGAGUCUUUAAUUGAGAG